AUGGGGGAAAGAGGGGAGAAGAAACAAAAGCAUGUACAGGAAAAAUGCGUUGUUAAUGAUGUAGAGAAAACAACUAGACAGAUGAAGAAUGUGAUGAAGGAAGUCCAACAGGAAAUGAAGAAGGAAAGAACGAGAGAACGAUGUGUAGAAAUCCACAGGCAAUGA